GCUCAUUCCAAAGGAUGAGCAGGAGAAGAUGAAAGAGCUCUUCAAAAUCAACCAGUUCAACCUGAUGGCCAGUGACUUGAUUGCCCUUAACCGGAGCCUGCCCGACGUGAGGUUAGAUGGGUGCAAGACCAAGGUCUACCCCGACGAGCUGCCCAACACCAGCGUGGUCAUCGUGUUCCACAACGAGGCCUGGAGCACUUUGCUCCGCACCGUCUACAGCGUCAUCAACCGCUCGCCCCACCGCCUGCUGGCCGAGAUCAUCCUGGUGGACGACGCCAGCGAGAGAGAGUUUCUGAAGGCCUCCUUAGAGAACUACGUGAGGAAACUGGACGUCUCCGUCAAAAUCAUCCGGAUGGAGCAGAGGUCGGGGCUGAUCCGCGCCCGGCUGCGGGGAGCAGCAGCUUCCCAGGGGCAGGUGAUCACCUUCCUGGAUGCCCACUGCGAGUGCACCCUGGGCUGGCUGGAGCCACUGCUGGCCAGGAUCAAGGAGGACAGGAAAAGAGUUGUCUGCCCAAUCAUUGAUGUGAUCAGUGAUGACACGUUUGAGUACAUGGCUGGGUCAGACAUGACUUAUGGAGGGUUCAACUGGAAGCUCAACUUCCGCUGGUAUCCAGUGCCCCAGAGAGAGAUGGACAGGAGGAAAGGGGACAGGACCUUGCCUGUCAGGACCCCUACUAUGGCUGGUGGCCUAUUUUCUAUUGACAGAAACUACUUUGAAGAGAUAGGAACUUACGAUGCAGGAAUGGAUAUCUGGGGUGGCGAGAAUCUUGAAAUGUCUUUUAGGAUCUGGCAGUGUGGGGGCUCCCUGGAGAUCGUCACCUGCUCACACGUGGGACACGUUUUCAGGAAGGCAACCCCCUACACCUUCCCUGGUGGCACAGGGCAUGUCAUCAACAAGAACAACAGGAGGCUGGCAGAGGUCUGGAUGGAUGAGUUCAAGGACUUCUUCUACAUAAUAUCCCCAGGUGUUGUUAAGGUGGAUUACGGCGACGUCUCCGUCCGAAAAGCACUGAGGGAGAACCUGCAGUGCAAACCCUUCUCGUGGUACCUGGAGAACAUCUACCCCGACUCCCAGAUCCCCCGGCGCUAUUACUCACUGGGCGAGAUCAGGAACGUUGAAACCAACCAGUGUUUAGACAACAUGGGCCGCAAGGAGAAUGAGAAAGUGGGCAUCUUCAACUGCCAUGGCAUGGGGGGAAAUCAGGUGUUCUCCUACACUGCCGACAAGGAGAUCCGCACGGAUGACUUGUGCCUGGACGUCUCGAGGCUGAACGGCCCCGUCCUCAUGCUGAAGUGCCACCACAUGAGGGGGAACCAGCUCUGGGAGUACGAUGCUGAGACCCACACGUUCCUGCACAUCAUCACCCAGUCCUGCCUGACCAUAAGCAGGAUAGAGGAUGGCACCCGUGGGCCCACGGUGGAGGCUUGCAAUGGCAGCCCCCUGCAGACCUGGCUGCUAAGGAACUACACCAGGCUGGAAGUCUUUAGGAACAUUUUUUACAGCCCCACUGACUAUUUCCUUUAG